CCAGAGACGGCAGUGAGGGGCACAGGCGGGAUUCCGCGGCACCGGGAGCUCCUGCCAAGUGGUCCCGGCGAGGCUCUGGGAAAGGGUCGGUGGGGAUGGGGCAGUGCCCGAGACCCUCCGCAUCGCCAGUGCCGGGGGUCCCAGGUUUGCACAGCCCUGGCCGUGACACGGCUCCGAGCGCACAGAGACGGAAAUCCCCGGCGGGAGGAGGCGUGGAGAGAGAAAGGAGAACGGCCCACGGCGGGCAGCUGCCGGCUUGGCUUAGCUCAGCUCAGCUCUGCUCAGCUCAGCUCCGCACGAUGGAUCCGCGAGGUUAUGGAUUUCUGUUACUGCUCCUGCAUCUCCUGAGAGCUGUUAUUGCACUAGAGAAGAAGAACAUCAUCAGCAAACUCGGAGACAACGCUACACUAAGUUGCAUUUAUGACAAAAGAGACUUGCAAUUAAAAAAUCUACGGGUAUAUUGGCAAAUCGCCGAUCAAGUGAAGUGUUCAGUUGUGCAUGCACUGGUCUCUGGUCGAGACAACUACAGCAAUCAGUGUAUUCACUUUAAAAACAGGACUCAAUUAUUCUGGGACAGGUUGGAAAAUGGUGAUUUUUCUCUACUACUACUGAAUGUCAGCCAGAGUGAUAAACAUACAUACAAAUGUAUAGUACAGGAGAAAAAAGAAUUUCCCAAAGUGGUUCACCAGGCAGAAGUGGUUCUCAGUUUAGCAGCUAGUUACAGCCAACCAAUACUCAGUGGACCAAUAAGAAACAGUACUGGAGAGGAGGUGACUUUCAGCUGCAGGUCUGGCAAUGGAUACCCAAAGCCCAAUGUUUAUUGGAUAAAUAAAAUGAACAACAGUCUCCUGAACGCAUCAACGCUGGAGAUCAUCUCCCACGCCGACGGCACCUACAGCGUUUUCAGCACCCUGACGGUGAAAGCCACUUCCAACAUGCAAAUAGAGUGCUCCAUAGAAAAUGAAAUGCUGCAGGAAAAUCUAUCAGCCAAUUACAUGGAGCAGAAGCAAAGCAAUGGUUCUAGCACAGAAAACCUAGGAAAAAAAGGAAGACUUGCUCAAGCAGCUGGCAUCAUUUGCAUUGUCAUUCUGAUAGGCCUUCUAGCUGUUUUAAUCUGCUGGCUUUGGAGACGGAGGUCCUCCCAUCUGCUGUCCUAUACAGAUGUCCCACCAAAUGAAUACAAAGAAGGACCCAACCUGCCUGCCUAAAUGGAAAGUCUGCCAACAAUUUGGGCAGCUGGAGAUGUGUCAAGAGAAGCAUCACUCCCUGUCUCAAUGGCAGCACUGUUUGUAAUACAACUGAAAGAUUUCUGCCAAGAGAGAUGGCAAAAAAAAAAACAACAACAAAACAAAACAAAACAAAACAAGCUUCUCCAACACAAGAGACAGGAAAAUCUGCUGGAUUUUCAUUUCAGCUGCUGACUGUAUCCACACAGCAGUUGUGUGACCACUCCAGUUAACCACCUGGGACAGUCCUCUGUGACUGUCAGUGAUUUGAGUACCUGCACUGAGGAAUGCAGUAAGCCUGGGAAUCAACUGCUCUGUGCCAGAGCACUGGAAAUUGGUGACUGUCCAGUCUCUCAUCAUCAUCUUUGAGGAUUUUGCUGGGAGCAGAAGCAGCCACCUUUCAGGAGCAUGGGAAGUUCCUGUUGUGUCACCUCACCUGAUGACUACUGGAUGUGAAGAAAGGCAGCUAAAAGAAAUAAAACCAAAGGACUCUGCAAAGUGAGAAUUGUAACUAACCCUUUCCAUGUUUAUCUGUCUACAGUACGUCCUUUUCAUUGUCUGGUUUCACCAGCUGCAUGUUAUUGUGUACAGAACUAGGCAGAACGCUUUGACCCAGGCCUCCAAAA